AUGAAUGAAAACAAUACUAUUCAUAUUCUAUCGAAAAAUUCAUCGCGACGACUUUUUGUACAUAAAGAAAAAAUAAUUCCUUCGCCCAUUUCAAUUGUCGUACCUUCAAAUCGAAAUUGUUGUGGAAAUAAUGAAAGACAAAUUAUUGAACAUUCAUUGAUUAAGAAGAAUAAACUCGGUGAAUCUAAAGAUAAUAUUAUUUCCACACCAAACGAUUUUAUAAUUGAAGUACCUAAGCAAACGAAAUCUGCAGGCAUUGUAUUCAAAGAAAAACAACCAUUAUUCUAUGAAAUUCUUAAUAAUGCAUGGCCAUUUUCGAGUGAACGUGUCGAAACUUUAACGAUUAGUACGAAAAGAUGUCAAUUUUCUAAUGAAGCAAUAUCGAUAAAACCUAUUACAGCUGUCCCUGGUAUAGGUAAAAAAUAUGGUCAAUUGCUUGCUGAUCAUGGAUUUAUUUAUGCUAGACAAUUGCUCGGAUAUUAUAUGAUGUUAAAAGAUAGUGAAAUGUUUCGAAAAUGGCUUGAAUACAAAUUUAAUAUUCCAAGAUUUCGAGCAGCUGAAAUUACAAGUGCGUUAAAUGAACUUGUUCGACGAACGUUGUGA